AUGGCAGGUACAAGAACUUUCUGGGCUGAUUUAUUUUUAGAAUGGGGCUGUCACCUUAGUGGCCUAUCCCAUGAGGAAUCUGAAGAAUUCCAGACUGCUGUCCAUGCAGGAAACCUCACUGAAGCCAUCACAGUGGUGAAGAAAUCUGAUGCGUUGUUAAAAAACACCCAGCUCGAUGUUGCCAUCACCGGAGAACAGGGCUCUGGCAAGUCAUCUUUCAUCAACGCCAUCAGAAGCCUAGCUGACGAUGAUGAAAGUGCAGCUGAGACCGAGGUGAUGGAUUCAGCAAAGGAGCCAACUCCUUAUCCACAUCCCAAGCACCCAAAUGUCACAAUGUGGGACCUGCCUGGGAUCAGGACGCCAAAUUAUCCAGCAAACACAUAUGUGGAGAAGGUGGAUUUUGCUCGUUAUGAUUUCUUCAUCAUUAUCACAGCAGAGCAGUUCCGAGAGUCGGAUGCCAACCUGGCCCAGGAGAUACAGAGGAUGGGGAAGAAGUUUUACUUUGUCCGCUCCAAGGUGGACAUGGACUUGUACAGUGAAAGAAAAGGAAAAACGAAGGUCAAGGAGGAGACAGUCCUGCAGACAAUCAGAAACGAUUGCAUCACGAACCUGCAAAAAGCAGGCAUCCUUUCCCCACAGGUUUUUCUGGUGUCGAGAUGGGACUUUGAGAAGUAUGAUGCUCCCCAACUUCAGGAGACCUUUUCGAAUGAACUUGACACUCACAGGAGACACGCCAUCUUUCAUGUCCUGCUCAGCAUUUCUGAACAACCCUUAAAUUGGAAGAAAGAGGCUGUGGAGCAGCAGAUCUGGAAGCAAGCCAUUAAGUCAGGCGCUAUCGCUACUAUUCCUCUCCCAUUUCUCUCUGUUUGGUGGGAUGUUGGCAUCUUGGUGGAUAACAUGACCGAGUUCUGUGAGAGCUUUGGCCUGGACGACUAUUCCCUCAGAGCCCUUGAAAAGCCCACGGGCAAGUCUGGUGAGCUGAAGACUGUGAUAGAAUUCCCGCUGGCCAAAGAUAGAUCAAGAGAUCAGGCUUUUGAGCUUCUGGAAGAGGCUACAGGGCAGGUUAUGAUGAUAGUGAAGUAUUUCAUCAGCAUGAUUCCAGGGAUUGGUACUGUGAUAGCAGCAGUGACGUCUUACAGAGUCACGGGCAGAUUGCUAUGUACUUUUGUGGCUCGAGUUGCAGAAGAUGCUCAGAGAGUCCUGAAAAGGGUUUUGGAGAGAGCAGAAAAAACAGAUUAA